AUGAGUGUAUAUCCUGGUCAAGAUACUCUCAUCUCUUAUUUAAAAAAACAAAGCAAUAAAUCAUAUCGUGGAUUCUUGAAAUUACACCAUGAUAUUAUUAUGAAUUCAUUAACUUCAGAUCUCAAAUGGUAUAAUCUGGAUAAUGCUUGGGCUAGUAAUUAUAUAAGAGAAGCAGAAAAGAUUUUUGUAGAUCAACAAGUUAUUGAAACAUUAAAAAAAAGGAUUAAUAUAGAACGUUUAGAAUAUAAAAAGGAAUUACAAGCAUAUUGGCAAAGGGUAAUCAAAGAAUAUGAAAAAGAGAAUUUAGUUCCUAAAAAGAAAUCACAUUCAAAAGAUACAAUUAAAGUACUUACCAAAGAUCUUUCUGAAACUUCUCAAGUAAAUUGUAAUAAAAGAAAUAAUAAUGAUACAGAAUAUUUAUUAGAACUUAAAAAGAAACAAAAUCAAAAUGAAAAUUAUAUGACAAAGCAAGAUGAAUAUCCUGAAACUUCUAAAGUAAAUCAAGAAGAAAUUAAUAAAAGCACUAAAAGAAAUAAUGAUAGUGAUAUAGAUAAUUUAUUUAUUGAACUUAAAAAGAAACAAAAACAAAAUGAUGAUCAUAUAAAAAUAGCUGAAGAUAUUCUUCAUAUUGCUUUGGCAUAUGAAGAUCUUAUUUCAGAUAAUAUCACCAGGUUUACUGAACUUCUGAAAGAAACAUUAUUAACAAGGUCACGAAUGUCAUUAACUUCAGCAAAUGAAUCAGUUCUCCAAGUAACUGUAGAACUUCUUUUGCCAUCAAAAUAUCAUGUUCCUGAACUUUGCUUAAUAAUGAAUGCUGCAAUGAGUAAAGGAAAUGGUAGAUUUGGUUUCCUUGAUGUUUUUGUUCUAGGAGAAAGCUAUAUCAGUAUAGAAUUAAAAUAUAUUCCACUAACUGGGUUAGUGAGCAAUAUUAAUGGAAAACAAACAAAAGAUUUUAAUGCAAAUGAAUUAAAAGAAUUAGAUGAAAUACUUGAAAAAGAAGAGGAGGAGAUUUUAUUAAAAAGACAAUAUAAAUAUUAUGAUAAAAAAGCUAAUAAAUAUAAACAAACAACUAUAAAUGAGAUAUUAUACAAAGGAAUGAAGCAGCUAAGAAGAUACAUAGAAGUAAUUGCAAAAGGACAAGCAAACAAAGAUUCCAUGGGAGUAUGUGAUAAACGAAUUAAGAUAAUUAAUUCAAAUCCUAACAAGUUAAUAGGAUUUGUUAUUGUGGUAGUAGGAUUUCGUCAAAUUAUAUGGAGAUCUGUUGGUGAAAAAUUAACUAAUUAUAAAUAUAUUAAGAUUAAAUAG